AUGGCGCGUUGGGGCGAGGCGCCGAGGGUAUUAGGGUGUGGGUGUGACCUCACCUUCGCGCGAGGGAUGUCAGGCACCUUCGUCAAGCCUCCAGAUCUCAAAGGGGACAACAUCGACGUCAUGCCCAGGACGGGCACCGGCAAGACGGUGACCAAACGGCUCAGGCGCGAUGGGCUGGUGCCCGGCGUCUUGUUCGGCCCCGGGGACCAGACCGGCGAACUGCUUCAGAUGCCCAAGCAGGACGUGGAGAGACUCGUGCGGAUAUACGGCCUCAGCGGGAUCGGUGCGAGGAUCCUCACCCUUAAUUUCCCCGACGGCGUUCGGAAGCAGGACGUGUUGGCGAAGCAGGUGAUUUACGAUGCGACCAACAUCAACGUGGAGAACGUCAACUUCAUGCCUUGCGGACCGGAGACUGAGGUGAAGGUGAAAGUUCCCGUGCGAGUGGAGGGUGAUGAUGCGUGCCCAGGGAUCAAGAAGGGCGGGUUCGCGUGGAAGCUGCACAAAACCCUGACGGUGACCUGCAAGGGUAAGGAUAUACCCUCGGAGAUCGUUUCCAACAUUUCGGCGAUGGAUGUUGGCGACAAGGUGUUCCUUCGCGACCUGGACAUUCCAGAAGGGGUGAGAGUGCACAUGACGGACGACAAGGUGCCCAUCAUUAAGAUCGCGGGCAAGGCAAGGUGA